GGUGCAAGGGAAACAUUUUUGAGGCUUCUAUUUACUGCCCUGUGGCCACUUUGAUCGCUGCAGAUGAAAUCAUUCUACUAACCAAUAAUUAUUCUCUCAGGAUAUCUACUAAUUAGGUCCUCAGCGGUCACGGACGCGUGGGAAAAUUGCAAAUAAACGAGGUGCAAAUUUCGCCAAUUUAGUUUAGUGCUCUCAGCUAUCGUCGACGGUCACGCCCCUGGCGGAAAACAGUGGAAGUUCUGUGAAGGAAACACACCCCCAACAUCGUCCCCAGCCAGCUGAAGCUGAAAUUAUUUAUAAAUAUUCGGUCAACACACUAGACAGGGGCGUAGAAAGAAAAUCAGCUCUUGUUCGCGUGUUUAAGAAUCGAAGAAUGGACGACGAGUUGCCAGCCCGAAUCGCGAGUAUGGAGCCUUCGGUGACGAUAACGCCAAUCCCCGCCAACAUGCCCCCAACCCCACCGACCUCGUUCAUCGAGUCAAACACGAUGGCCUCGAUCACGGUGGUGCCGCCGCAGCAGCCGUCCAUGUCCAAGUACGCCCAGCUGCUCGCGGUCAUCGAGGAAAUGGGCAAAGACCUCCGGCCGACGUACGCCGGCAGCAAGACGGCCGCCGAGAGACUUAAGAGGGGCAUCGUCCACUCGCGAAUUCUGGUCAGGGAGUGUCUGAUGGAGACUGAGCGGAGCGCGAGACAAUGAGACGCGGCCAAGGAGGACUCGCAGCACACGCUGUCCGAGAUUCUCAAACUGAUCGACCUGAUUGCAAAGUGCGAUAGCAAUGCAAAUGAAAAAAGGUGAAAUUUUCAUAGCCAUAUUAUAAUUAGUUUCAUUUUGGGGUUUUCAGACCAAAUCAAAUGAUUUUCUAGAAUUAUUUGCAAAUUUUUUUAAAUUUAUUUCAAUUUAUUUCUGAUUUAUUGUCAGUUUUUUCACAAUUCUAAACCAGAAAUGAAAAUUUUACGAAACAGCAGCAAAAAGUUGAAACUUAAUUUCAGUUUGGGUUUUAUUAUGGCUACUUUUUAUAAUUUUUUAGAUUACAUUUUCGGGCUUAAUUUUUUAUACAUCUUACCCAACCUUUCUGCAUCCUAAGGGACCAGAAUUGCAAAGCUGGAAAAGUAAAUUUGAGCCGUGUGAAGAACAAAUACUUGAAAUCAAAAUAACAUCUUGCAAAUACGAGAACAAAAAUGAAAUUAUUGUGUAAUAGUUAAAACAAGUUUACCAGUCAAAGGAGCUUUACGAAUUUUGUGUUUGCUGCCAUGUUUCUAGAGAGAUCUACUCAAAGACUGCCAACGACACAAGAUUUUUUUAUGAUUUUUGUAGCCAGUAUUCAAUUUUAAGUUAAGAUCGAUGAGCAGUGAAAUUUUUCUGCUAUAGUUUGUUGCCAUAUUUUUAGUGCUACUCUCUGGUACCUGUGUGUGCUGUUUGACAAUUUACUCAUGCCAGUGGUAGCGAUUUUGAUUAAUCAUGCAAGUUUUUCCUGCUCAUCAGCAAAACCCAAAGCUCGUCUAUCAGCAUUAGUCGUAAGAAGACACGGAGAAGUCUGAAUAUUUGUAUUAUUAUAUUACUAUAUUGAAUAUAUUGUAAACCAACCAAUUCAUGUGACGGGUAUUCACAAUAGACGCACGUAGCCUUUUCUCAAGAGAGUAUUGAACCAUGAUAAAGGUGUUGAAUUACAAAUUUUAGGUGCAAGCAACCACCUUGAUAUAUACUAUGCUGCAUUGUUAGAAUUAAAAAUAGAUAAUUAUAUUAUAUACAUAUAUGGCGACGUUGAUACUAUUAUAAUAUUAUGUAUACUGACACCAUGUUUAGAUUUAUAUAUUAUACCUCUGCACUCUGCAUGACUUAAUAAUUGUUGAACAGAGCAAUAUGUCAAUAAAAUAUACACAUUAAU